UUUGGAGUACCCAAGAUGGCGGCGGGUCAAAUUUCCAGCCAAGAGCGAGGCUAUUGUGUUGCUGAUCUGCUGUGGUUACGUUCGACGCAAAAGCAUCCAAUUCCAUGUUUUGAAAACGAUUUUUGGCGCUUUUCUUAUCGAAAUUUCGCUGCAAUGAGUACAAGAAAGAAGGCUAGGAGACCCAGUCUGAAGGGCUCGUUGAAUCCAUCGAAACGACAUCGUGAUCGUGUAAAUGUUGAAUUGGACAACCUCGCGAAGCUGUUACCAUUUCCGCCGGAGGUCAUCGCGAAACUUGACAAACUUUCAGUGUUGCGCCUCAGUGCAAGCUAUUUACGAACCAAGAACUUUUUCAAAGGUCUGAAUGUUGGUUCGAAGUUAAAUACAGAUUCAUCAAAGUCAGAUGAGUUUGAAAAGACAGGGGCUGUCAGUGACCUGUUGUUGGAGGCACUUGAUGGGUUUUUGAUGGUUCUUACCCAAGAUGGAGAAGUGUUUUAUGCCUCUGAGACUAUAAGUAAUUUUCUUGGAGUGUCGCAGGCGAGCGUGAUACACCAAGAUUUUCUACGAUUCGUUCAUGCUGACGAUCAGCAGAUGAUUGAGAACAACCUCAAGCUCGUUCCCACUCCUACUGAACCGAAAAUACGAGAUAUUACCGAUGAUAGCGACGAAUCUGCUGCCGAAACGAGCGACAAUGCAGGGGGUGAAAACGGAAAAGACUUAAACAAAGAACGGUCUUUCGUGUGUCGGUUUAAAUGCAUCCUAAACACGAAUGCAGGAUUUUUCAAGCCGUUCAGGUGUCAUGGCCGCCUGCGUCAGGUUGAUGUGCCUGACUCAACUUGCCCCCAGAUGGCGCUGUUCCUGAUCUGUUCACCUCUGGAAAUGACCACCUCCAUUAUCGAAGUGCGAAUGAAAUCCAUGUUGUUUUGCACGAAAAACAAACUCGACCUCACGUUUGUGGACAUUGAUCAAAAGGGGAGGCAAAUCGUUGGAUAUACCAAGAAAGAUAUUCAAACCCAAUCGAGUUACUGUAUGAUGCAUUACGAUGACAUUCCAGUUCUCCGAAAAAUGCAUCAAGACCUCAUGUCAACUGGGAAGUGCGAAGGAGUUUUUCGCUGGUUGAACAAGCAAAUGAAAUGGCAAUGGCUAAGUGGAAGCGGACAAGUGAUCUUCAAGAAUAACCGGCCAGAUUUUGUCAUCACAACAAACAAACCUCUAACGGACGAGGAAGGCGAUGAAGAAGUGAGACGAAGAGAACGUGAUCUAGGAAUCGUUCCUACCUCACCUGUAUCGCUGCUCAGUCAUCUGCAGAUCAAUUCACCGCCACCGUCCAAUGUCCCUGUGGGUAGUCAUAAUGGACCCCAACCGCACACGACUGGACUUUCACCAGAUUCCAAUGUGUCCCCGUCUCUCGUCGGCCCUGGUCUACCGACUACCUCUUGUACUUCUGACCCAUUUCCCCCAGAGGACCUGCCCUGGGAUUUGAACACUGAGGCUUUGUUUGAGGCGAAUGAGGCCACGUGGGACCCAAGAGCUUCAUUAUCUGAUCUGGAUGGUAUCGGUAAAGGUGACCUGGUCAGCGAUCUGUUCGAGAUCGAUGUCAAUUCCUUGAACCUUGAUCCCUUAGACGAGAGCAAUACUGUACCCUUGACGCAUGCGUCAGAUUCCUCCUACCCUCUUCCAGAAAUCUCGCCUAACCCCUCCGUGCCACCUCCCGAUGCGUGGGCGUUACGUGAUCAACGAACGACAUCGCAAUACCCGCCCGUACGAGUGCAACCACAACCAGUCCAAAGCUCCGGCAUGUUGAUUUCAACAUACAGCAACAACGGUGUAAUUCCACACACCGGAGGAAUGCCUCCCCCGGGUAUCGGUACUACAGGAAUGGUGUCGCCACACACAGGAGGAAUGCCUCCCUCGGGUAUCAGUACUACAGGAAUGGUGUCGCCACCAAGCGUACCGCCGGGUGUAAUGCCCGGCCGACAUGUGCCCCGUAAUGGAAUUAAUUCUUCGGUUCCAAAUGGUCCGGUGGUGAACGGACCCAACCCAUCAAUGGGUUACCACCAACCGACGAUGACGUCAUCCCAACCGCUGCCACGGGGCAACGUCGCUUCAAAUCCAACGGGGCUGCUCACAGUUCAAACUCAACCAAUGUUGAAUCGUUCAUACAUAAAAACUGAACCAGUGCGUUCUACUGGGUAUUACUGCAACUCUGCAAGCGGGGAUCGCAGUUUUCCGGGAGGAGUGUCCAACGGUCUGCCUUUCCAGGGGGUGCCGACGCAGAAUAAUGCGUAUAGAUAUCAAAAUAACAAACUGAAUCACGGGGGUAUCCCACAGUGGACCACGGCACCCCCAAGUCCAUAUUCAUCUGGUUCUUCGUCGACGAGUUCCUACGAUGCACUACACGUGCAGUUUUCCCCCACCGAAAUCCUAACGUCACCAUUCGCGUCUCCAGGCAACGACAAUGAGUAUAAUCACCUGAACGCCUCUCACCAAGCUCCGUACCCGGGACCACCACAACCAGGUGGUGGGCACACGAAACGUUCGUUCCAACGCCCCCCGCCAAGUUUUCCCCAACCUUUUGUAGAUAUACCGGAGAUUGCGCCGGUCGAAGAACUAAUACCCGGGAUGCAUCACACCUCUCCGAUCGCGUCCCGCGCAACCGCCGGCCUUACGCACUUGUGAUAAGACGAAGCUGUUCACGUGACCACAUGCACGGGCCCACGAUGACUGAUUUUUCGGAUUGCAUCGGGGCGGGAACCGACGACGAACAACGCAUGCGCGCAAAUCUCGCUGAUAAAUUGGUUGAGUUAGCAGACGGCCGUUCAUAUGUGCUUUUUUAGAGAACCCGAGUUCGUGUCGUGAGUUCUGUUUAACUUUCGAAGCACCUUUUUGGUCCUAAAUGGAGUGAACUUGUUUUGCAAGAUGAAGUAUUUUAAAUGCUUUUAUACAUUUUUGAUAAAUACGGUAUGUUGUAUGAAGCAUGUUUAGCGAAUCGGUAAACUCGGGCAAUAUUUCCGUGUGAACUGUACGAGUUUUAAAGAUUAUUUUAGGCAAUGUUCGUGCAAUUGAAAAGUCGCAGUUAUUUAUCGACUAUUCAUCGCAAACAUGCUACAUGCAACACUUUUGGCCAAGUUGCCGCCAUUUGUGUAUCCAUAGAUGGACAGUCUCAAUAAAAACAAUGUAUAGUCGUGACACUUCACACAGCGCAUUCACAGCUUUUCAAACAGCUAAAUAGUCGCUUCCAUCUUCUGAACGAGAUUGUCGAAGGCAAUUCCUUAACAAGACGUUUCGGAACUGAAGCCGGUCACUUGCCUAAUCUUUAAAGUAACUAUUUAGGGUGACUGUCCAUCCCUGGACUUGCAAAUGUUGGCAAACACGUAUUGGGCUGGCUGUAAAUAGUCUAUCCAUCUUGCACGCUCUUUGCCAGAUUUUGGACACGCACGAGGGAAAUUCUGCACGCGAACGUUACCUUUAAACUAUUUUUAACAUGUGUGUAUUGGAGGAAUUUUAGGCAGUGAAAUUCUUCAAAAUUAUUACAGUUUAUGUGAAAUAAAGAAUAAUAUAUUUUGAUCUUA